ACACCAUCAUUUCGAAACGAUAUCAAUAAUUAAAGUGGUCUGCUCUUCACAUAAACAAACAUACAACUCCACGUCGUCGUCGCCGACGACGACUAUCACCGCCAACACUGGCACCAACACCAUCAUCAUCAUCAUCACCAUCACCACCAACAACAACAGCAGCAGCAGCUCUGCAACACAUCAGUCCAACACCGUAUCACAGUAGGGCAACUCAAGGACGCCAUAUUGCAGCUGUUGUAAACAAUAUUCACCAUAGCAACCUUCCAUAGCAACUGGCUGCACAAACUACCGAGGAAACUGCCACUGUGUCCACCAUUUCUAUAUGACGUCGUGUCUUAUUAAUUGCCCAGCAAAACAUGAACUCAGGAAGUAUCAUACACGUAGUGAACCUCAAAGAAAACACACAUCCAAACAUUGCAGUGAGUUACCCAGCUUACACAAAAUGCAGGAAGCCAAGAAUUGGAGGCCCACAGUACACAUUCAGCAUCACUACAAAAACACCAAUCACCAACAACAACAACAAUAAAAACAACAGCAAGAAAAUCAACUGCAACAGAAACAACAAUGCCCCCUUCAGGAACACCAGUAGUACUAAUGCCAACAGCAGGAGUUCAACUGGUGCCGUUCCCACUUUCCAAAACAGAAAAGCUGCAGGCUUUAACACUGACAACAUCAAAUACAUUACCACAACACGCAUGCACACACUGUAUGGUCCAGUUGAUUGGCGAGAAUGCACUAGCGACAAUGCUUGUACAUGCCCACUGGGGCGUAGUAGCAGACGGAGCAGUCAGUAUCGUUCACCUCAGAAAAAGGAAACGUAUGUCCUGAAUGCAGAAUGCCAGCGCCCUACCCAAGUGCCGCAGCCCUCGUCCUUGGGCAACUUAACAUUGGAGGAUUUCUUAAGCCAGAGCCCUCUCCAACAGAAGUUCAGCUAUAAGUUAAGGAGCAACAAAAGACUGUAGGGAGCACCUGGGGAGAGGGAUUAUAUAACAGGACAGAGACAGAAGAGGAGGAAAGUAGGAAGACAUUUUUUUAAUGGGUUUUCAUGGCCCUCACCGCAGAAACCAGCCACAGUAGGGAGAUGUGGGGAAACCAGUUACAUUAUGGAGAUAUUGCAACUGUUAUCCUGUUCCUGCCCCCUCACCUUUUCAUUGAUCCACCAGAUAUCAACCGAAAUAAAGGGGCCUCUAUUAUAUGAUUACUUAACAUGCCAGAAACAGCAGCCUGGUAUCGCCUCCAAAUGAGGGACAUGGUGCAAUGGGUGGAUGGUUUGGCUUCAUAAUGAUUAUGCAAGUAAUGAUAGUGUUGAUGUGGAUGAUGAUGAUGGUAAUGAUAAUGAUGAUGAGGAGAAGGAGGAUGUUAGUGAUGAUGAUGAUAACGAUAAUGAUAGUGAUUAUUAAACUAAUUUGUAUCCACGGAA